AUGGGGCGUGGGAAGGUGGAGAUGAAGAGGAUCGAGAACAAGCUGAGCCGGCAGGUGACCUUCUCCAAGCGCCGCAAGGGGCUGCUCAAGAAAGCCGAGGAGCUCGCCGUGCUCUGCGACGUGGACAUCGGGGUCAUCGUCUUCUCCGAACGCGGCAAGCUGUUCGACUAUUCCUCACCGGCCAGCUUGGUUGAUCUGAUUCACCGGUACGAGGCGGCCACCAACACGCAACUCUUCCAUCAGGAGGCACACUACACUGAUGAUCAUCAUCAGCAGCAGCAGCAGAUGGCCGCGGAGUUCAGCAAGCUGCAGCAUGAGUACCAACAACUUGGGGCCAGCUUGAAGACGUACACGGGAGAAGACCUGUCGUCUCUGACCUCGGUGGUCGAGCUCGGCGAGCUCGAGCAGCAGCUCGAGUCGGCCGUCGGUAAAGUCCGUGCAAGAAAGGAUGAGCUGCUCAUCAACCUGACCGACGAGCUUCAGCUCAAGAUCAACGAGAACGGGCGCCACGACGACGCAGCUGCCGCCGCAGGCGUGGAGGCGGAGCCGCCGCUGCCACAGUCGCCGUCAUUCGCGUACCUCCUGGCUGUGGAGGAGAAGUCGGCGGCCAGCACAAUGCUGCGCCUGUGGCCACAGCCGGACGCCGACGCCGACGCCGACGGUGGGAGUUCCAGUCAACGCGGUCUGCAGCUGUGGUAA